AACUUGUAAAGCCUUUUUGCAGCGAGAGACACGGCGUCCCUCGGAGUGGCAGCGCCGCCGCCGACGCCGACGCGGGGUUGAGCCGCCGCCGACGCCAGGAUGCGGGGUCUGACGCGGGCGGGAAAGCGCGCCGGCGAGAUGGCCUUGAACGCCGGCGGCGGAGCCAUCAACUGGUUCCCCGGCCACAUGGCUGCCGCCUCGCGCGCCAUCCGCGACCGCCUCAAGCUCGCCGACCUCGUCAUCGAGGUCCGCGACGCCCGCAUUCCGUUAUCCUCAGCGAACGAAGACCUUCAGCCGGUGCUUGCGGCCAAGAGGCGUAUCCUUGCUCUAAACAAGAAAGAUCUUGCGAAUCCCAAUAUAAUGAAUAUGUGGCUUGAUCAUUUUCAGUCACGUAAGCAAGAUUGCAUCUCAUUAAACGCACAUAGCAGCAACUCUAUUAAUCAGCUGCUUGGGCUUGUGGAGUUGAAACUAAGGGAAUCAAUCUUGAAAGAGCCCACACUUCUUGUUAUGGUGGUUGGUGUCCCCAAUGUUGGAAAGUCUGCACUCAUUAAUGCCAUUCAUAGAAUUGCCAAUUCUAGAUUUCCAGUGAACGAUAAGAUCAAGCGGGCUAGAGUUGGACCUCUGCCUGGAGUUACACAAGACAUUGCAGGAUAUAAGAUUGCAAGCCAACCGAGCAUUUACGUGCUUGAUACACCAGGUGUUCUAGUGCCAAGCAUUCCAGACAUGGAAACAGGUCUAAAGCUUGCUCUGACAGGAGCUGUCAAAGAUUCGGUGGUUGGAGAGGAGCGUAUAGCCAAAUAUCUAUUAUCUCUUCUUAAUAUUAGAAAAACUCCUCUACACUGGGAGCGAUUGCUUCACAGAAGAGAAGAAUUUGAUGAAGAGCCAGAUGACAGUUGUGAAAAAGGGUCUAGUGGUUCACUGCGGAGGAGGCGGCGUUUUAACAAUUCUGAUGCCUUGUAUGUUCAGGACCUGGUGAUAGAGGUCCAGAGAACCCUGUGCAGUACAGCCAUGGAAUUCACAGGCAAUCUCGAUGAAGAUAAUGAGCUGGAAAGUCUAAUUGACUCGCAGCUUGUUGCCCUUCGAAAGGUGUUCAGAAUACCCCACAAACCGCUUGAUGAUUCACAUGGCCCAGCAUCCAAGAAGUUAUUGACUCUUUUCAGAUCAGGGAAACUCGGCCCGUUCAUCCUCGAUGACCUUCCUGACCAGCACUAAGGGGAAAGAAGAUUCACUUGCCUUUGAAUGCCCAGGUGAUUGCAACCUUCCAGGAAUAGUUUUGCUAUGAGGUAAUGCGAUGUGUCACAGUGUUCAGUACUACUCAUAGAUAACUCGAAGCAGACAUGUGCCUUUCUGCGCAGAUUCCCUUGUAGGGCUUCUCCAUUUGCUGCUUAUCUGGUGGUGGGUUCUUUGCCUAUGUUGAUUGGCUGCCGUUUCUUGUUU